AUGUCAAACUCUAGUUCGAAAGCAGCAAACGAAUUUGAUUUCGGUUUCGAGGAUAGUAGGCGACGAUCAACAAUGGGUCGACAAGACGAAUCUCAAGUCUACUACCAGGAGCGGGAAUCGUGGGGGAAUAACAGCAACCAGGACCAGACUUCUGAUCGUUGGCGAAGAACAUAUGUGUCGAACGAGACUACGACAGUGAAUGAGCAGUUCGAAUAUGCACCUUCACAACAUGAGGGUCAAGUCACAACAGUAGCUAACAUUGGUUUGGCUGAUGCCUUGCUGGCCACAAAACCUUCGCCAUGGACAUCAUCCAUGUUAAAGUUGUACACUUUUCUGCUGGUGGCUUUCUUAAACUCAUGCAUCAACGGCUAUGACGGAUCGUUGAUGAGUGGUAUUAAUGUCAUGCCCUACUACCAAAGGUAUUUCGGAAUGGAAAAGGAAGGUGUACAGACUGGCUUGGUCUUUUCCAUUUACACCAUUGGUAACAUCGUUGGCUCUUUCUUCGCCGGACCAUUCACAGAUUGGUGGGGCCGAAGAUGGGGGAUGUUCAUUGGUGCCUCCAUCAUCAUUCUCGGCACUUGUGUUCAAGCUCCAGCCACCACAAAGGCUAUGUUUAUUGGUGGUAGAUUCGUCCUUGGUUUCGGUGUCGCGAUUACCUCCACAGCGGGCCCCUCGUAUGUGGCUGAGAUGGCUCACCCAGCCUGGAGAGGUACACUUACGGGUCUCUACAAUACCUUUUGGUUCGUUGGUGGUAUCCCUGCCACUUGGACUUUGUACGGAACGAAUAAGAUUCAAAGCGAUCUGUCCUGGAGACUUCCUAUUUGGCUUCAAGCUGUCGCCUCUGGCCUUGUAGUCCUCGGCGCCCUCUUCUGCCCAGAAACUCCUCGCUGGUUGAUUUCUAAUGACCGCCACGAAGAAGCCAUCCAGGUCCUCACCAAGUACCACGGAAAUGGUGACCGCAACUCUCCAAUCGUUCUUCUCGAGUAUCGAGAGAUGAUGGAGGAAAUCUUUACUGAAGGUUCCGACAAACGUUGGUGGGAUUACUCCGAGUUGGUCAAUACCAGGCCAGCGCUUUGGAGAAUGUCCUGCGUUAUUGGAAUGGCCAUGUUCUCUCAGCUCUCUGGUAACGGUCCAGUGUCAUACUUUAUGCCAAUCCUGCUCGAAAAUCUCGGAAUCAAGGAUGUCAAGACACAACUCAUGUACAACGCUGUUCUCAACGUUCUAUCCUUCUUCGUGGCUACGAUUGGUGCUCGCUUCACAGAUGGUCUUGGACGAAGACCCGUUCUCUUAAUCGGAACAUCCCUCUUCGUUUUUAUCUGGACUAUGAUUACUGUACUCACAGGUCUUUAUGGUACAUCAGGAGAACAAAACGAGGCAGGUGGUCGGGCAGCCAUUGCUUUCAUCUAUCUCUUCGGUAUCACAUAUUCAUUUGCCUACACUCCACUUCAAGCUUUGUAUCCCGUCGAGUGUUUGUCAUACGAAACUCGAGCCAAGGGUAUGGGUAUCUACAAUCUGGCAGUCAACAUCGCAGGUGUUAUCAAUACUUUCGUCAUCCCAGUUGCUUUCAAGGAAAUCGGAUACAAGCUUUACUUCCUUUACAUCGGUUGGGAUUUCUUUGAGGUUAUCUGCAUCUACUUUAUCUUCGUCGAGACCAAAGACCGCACUCUCGAAGAAAUCAGUGAGAUCUUCGACGCUCCCUAUCCAAAGCAAAAAUCUCUACAGAAGCACAUCAUUGUCAUCACCGACAGAGGUAUCCUGGACAAAGGAUACGAUCAGUGA